UGAUGUACUUCAUCCUUUUGUCAUAGGACUUCAUUCGCUUAAAGGAAAACUAAAGACCGCAUCAAUGGAGCACAUUCAGGGAGCUUGGAAGACUAUCAGUAAUGGUUUUGGACUCAAGGAUUCUGUCUUUGAUGGCCCAAACUGUGUUUCACCUACUAUUGUCCAGCAGUUUGGUUAUCAACGCCGAGCAUCUGAUGAUGGCAAAAUAUCAGAUACUUCCAAAACUAGUAAUACUAUUCGUGUUUUCUUGCCCAACAAGCAGCGCACGGUGGUAAAUGUGCGAAAUGGGAUGACCUUACAUGACUGUCUUAUGAAGGCACUUAAAGUAAGAGGUCUGCAGCCAGAAUGCUGUGCGGUUUUUCGACUUCUUACUGAACCAAAAGGAAAAAAAGUACGUUUGGAUUGGAACACAGAUGCUGCCUCCUUGAUUGGAGAGGAACUACAAGUGGACUUCCUUGAUCAUGUUCCACUCACUACACACAAUUUUGCUCGGAAGACAUUUCUAAAGCUUGCUUUCUGUGACAUCUGCCAGAAGUUCCUGCUAAAUGGGUUUCGGUGUCAGACAUGUGGUUAUAAAUUCCACGAACACUGCAGCACUAAAGUUCCAACCAUGUGUGUCGACUGGAGCAAUAUCAGGCAACUCUUAUUGUUCCCAAAUUCAAAUAUCAGUGACAGUGGUGUCCCUGCACUACCUCCCUUGACAAUGAGACGGAUGCGGGAGUCUGUCUCCCGGAUACCUGUUAGUUCCCAGCACAGGUAUUCUACACCUCAUGCCUUCACAUUCAACACAUCAAAUCCUUCCUCUGAGGGCUCUCUAUCCCAAAGACAACGAUCUACAUCCACACCAAAUGUCCAUAUGGUUAGCACUACAAUGCCUGUAGACAGUCGGAUAAUUGAGAAUAACAGCCUGAAUGCUUCUCCCAGUUCCUGGUGCAGACGAUUUUGUUUGAGGGGAAGAGAUGCAAUUCGAAGCCAUAGUGAAUCAGCCUCACCCUCUGCUCUGUCUGGAAGUCCUAAUAAUAUGAGCCCAACUGGCUGGUCUCAGCCCAAAACCCCAGUCCCAGCCCAAAGAGAGCGAGCCCCUGGAUCUAAUACACAAGAAAAAAACAAAAUUAGGCCUCGUGGACAGAGAGAUUCCAGUUAUUACUGGGAAAUAGAAGCAAGUGAAGUCAUGCUUUCUACCAGAAUAGGAUCAGGUUCUUUUGGAACAGUUUACAAAGGCAAAUGGCAUG